CUUCGUCGGUCCUGUUAAACUCUUCUACAAACUCUCACGCAAUUUUCCUCAAGGCAUGCGCAUUGACGACGUUAUUAUUCUUGCACAAGUCAACUCUCACAAGUCUCGCUCCGCUCAUUCUAAAUUGCAUCUCAUUCUUCUCUCAGUAAACUAAACUCGCUUGACUGUCACAAAUGUCUUGCGUUUUCGACACGAUCGAAUUAUUUAUUACUCCCUCCGUCCCGAAUAAUAUCACGCUAAUGUGAUUCUCCCGUGCUUGUAAGUACAAAAAAUUCUUUAACUGGCUUUGGUGCUUCCACUUACUAGUAAAGAACAUCUAAGGUAAAAAUGAAGCGGUGGUGGAAAUCAAUCGCGGUGGUGGUACUGGCAGUGACAUUGGUGAUAGAAUCGGUUAUGUCAGAUCCGCAAACUAAUAAGUUAAGCAAACCUGGGCGAGAGUGCAGCGGCUUUGAUGCUGGAAGUCCAUCUGAAUUCUUCAGAAAUGUGAACGCUACUUUCGCGGACCUCAGACGACAGCUAUCUGUGCAGAAAAAACACUUUGCCACCGCGGAGCAGGCCAGCUCCGCCAAUCCUGUGUACACUUUGUUUCAGUGCAGAGAUUAUCUAUCCACUGCAGACUGCGUCGCUUGCUUUAAUGUAGCCACAGUUGAUAUUCGCAAUAUCUGCAAGUUAAAUAAUGGAGCUCGGGUCAUAUAUGAUGGCUGCUUCCUCAGGUACGAGUUACGAACCUUCUAUACAGAGAUAGAGCUUGGACUUUCAUCCGAGGAAUGCAGGGGCAACGGGACUGUACCUGCACAAGCUGCUUAUACUUUAGUUGCAGUCCAGUUGCUAAAGGAUCUUGCAGAGGCCACACCAAAGAUAAAGAACUUCUUUGCAGUGGCAAAAAGGCAAGUGUUUGAUGGUGGUCCGUCAGCAAAAGCAUCCGUCACAGUAUACGGUUUGGCACAAUGUACUGGCACCGUAAGCCAGGGUGAUUGCGGAAAAUGCUUAUGGGGAGGAUAUAGUAACUUACAAGGAUGCCUUCCUCAAUCAGGAGGAAGUUCUGCAGCUGGCGGUUGUUUCCUCAGAUACUCUGUGACCCCUUUUUUUGCUGAUAAUGAUAUAACAAAUAUCACGCCUUACUUGCAAGGAGGUAGCUCCAGCAAUAAAACGGCCAUCAUUGCAGGCGGAGUUGGAGCUAUAAGCCUUCUCUUGCUCUUAAUUGCGUUACUUCUAUGGUAUCGAUCAUCACAAAAGCGUAGAACAGAUAAUAGAGGUGAUAUACUAGGGGUGACUAAGUUGCAGGGACCAACUAUAUACAAAUACAAAGAUUUGAAGUCCGCUACCAAGAAUUUCAGCGAAGAAUGCAAAAUAGGAGAAGGCGGCUUUGGAGAUGUAUACAAGGGCAUUAUAUCAAACGAAAACAUAGUUGCAGUGAAGAAACUUGAGGUGAGGACAAGCAAAGAAAAGGCAGAUUUUGAGAGUGAAGUUAGGCUUAUAGCUAAUGUUCAUCAUCGAAAUAUCAUCCGUCUCCUAGGAUGCAGUGGCAAAGGACCGGUUCAGAUUCUCGUCUAUGAAUAUAUGGAGAACGGAAGCCUAGAUACAUUCUUAUACGGCAAUAAACGCGGAACUCUCAGCUGGAAACAACGGAUUGACAUAAUCCUCGGUAUUGCUAGAGGUCUUGCCUAUCUCCACGAACAAUUUCAUGUAUGCAUCAUACAUCGAGAUGUGAAAUCUAGCAAUAUCUUGCUGGAUGACGAUUUCCAACCCAAGAUCGCGGAUUUUGGGUUGGCAAGACUUUUACCAACGGAUCAAAGUCAUCUUACCACUAGAUUUGCAGGGACUUUGGGUUACACAGCACCAGAGUACGCAAUCAACGGGCAUUUGUCUGAGAAAGUGGAUACCUAUGGGUUCGGAGUUGUGGUCCUUGAAAUUUUGAGUGGCCAAAACUGCAAUAAGAUGAAGAAUGAGCUUCUAACCCAGUCUCUACUCGAAUAUGCAUGGAAGUCUUAUAACAAUGGCACGCAUGAGGAUUUAAUAGAUGGGACAAUAGAUUCGGGUGAAUAUAAUGUCGAAAAUGCGAAGAAGAUGAUAGAGAUUGCUUUGAAGUGCACUCAGUCACCGGUUUCUUUGAGGCCAACAAUGUCUGAAGUUGUUGUUAUGCUUGUGAAUUAUGCAUCACCAGAACAGCAGAAGAUUAACAAGGAUUCAGUUAAAUAUAUUGAAGACGAUGUCUGAUACACGCAAGGCUACUUCAGCUAGUAUAUAAGUUAUGGUAUUAUCAAAUUAUCUAUUUUCGUUUACAAUAAUCGUCUGCCAGAAACUUUCCGGUGCAGAACUAAUUUUGAUAGUUCACAAAUUAUCAGAGUGACCCGUUUAAAACUU